AUGGGGAAGCGGACGAAUUUCGAGACCGAUCUGGGGAGCGCGCACGCAACCAAGCGCCAGAGGAUCGAAGGUGGCCACGACCGCCAGUCUCCACGCCCGAAUGGCGCAGGUGCCGAGGAAGUGCACUCGGCGCGCGACCUGCAGAAGGCCCUGUACUUUGACCAGAACGCGACGGCCGAGUUUCGCAACGGCCUCAGCUUGCUCAAGCGCUUUCUCGACUCGAUCCUCUACCCAGCCGACGAGCAUGACGUGCCCCGCCGGCGAGCCAUACUCGGCGAAUACCUCAACACACAGAAGGGCAAGAGCCAUGAUGAGAAGCACGAGACGCUUCUGCCGAACCUCAUCCAGGCCUGGGACUGGGCGGCUGAAACCAACUUCGACGCCAUCCUCGCCCAGGUCACCGCCGUGCUUGCCCUCGUCUUCAAGGUCCUGUCCAGCCACUCCGAGCUCAGCGAACACGGCACCCUACUUGCCAAGACCAUACUGCAGCCUUCUGUUGCUCGUCGUCUAGUCCGCAGUACCUCUGCUGCAUCGAACAAAGAAAACGUCAUCUCACCGGCUCUCAGAUUGCUCACCGAACUCACCAGGUUCAAUGAAGGCGCACACGCCAGAGCUGUCUACUCGAAGAAGGACUUCACGCUGGAGCCAAGGAUACUGGGGCGGAACAUUGCGCUGUGGAAGGAGCACAAGGGCAUGUCGGUUGCGGACAUGCACAAGAAACCGAGCGUCAGGACUACGGCCAUCCGCUACCUGCUCACGCAUCUGAGGCUGCAGGAUGAACGCGCCAAGGUCGAGAUCCUGUCCAACACCAACGUCACACGAGCUGUGUUCGAUCACCUCGCCACCGAUCCCCCUUUUCUGGUUUUCGAAAUCUUCGAUGUUUUCACAAGUCACGUAUUCCAGGACAAGACGAUUCCACGUCAGACCAAGAGCCGCAUCCUGAACGGUAAGACGUUGUCACGCAUUGCUGGUCUAUACAACUACGACCUGGAGGAAGGCUCGCUCUCAGAAGGCCAAAAAGCGCCAGAUGAGCUGGCCCAUGAGUUUUUGUGCAUGGUCUGCACCGAUCCAGCGUACGGCGUCAUGUUGCCAACAAAUGGCUUCUACCCUUCCACACACGACGACGAUGAAGGCGAUCUUGACGAAGCCGCCGAUAACGGCAACGAGCUGGGACUUGAAUCAGCAGAGACAUUCGACAGGUUAGGCCGGGUGCGCAACGUCAUCCUGUCAGAAUUCAUACAAAGCCAGCGCCCAUACGCAAACACGUCACACCAAAAGCUGGUUAUCGAGAUCUUCAAGGCUUCCCCAGAGCUUGUCGCAGACUACUUCAUCAAACGCAGGGACUUCAACUACGACCCCAAUCUCACCUCUACCUGGAUAGGAUACUCUGCAUUCUUGUUUCAGACCAUUCAACUUCCGGUGCCCAAGUACUUGGGCGUAAAGAGGAACUAUCGCACUCAGCCACCUCCGGUUGCAGCCAUGAUCCAGAGUGUUUUGCCUCAGCCGCUAAACCAGCAGGUGCUCACAAAGUGCUUGAACCACAGCUCAGAUCUGGUUCAGAUGUUUGCAAUUCGCGUACUCAUCGUCGCGCUGCAGAAGCUGCGGAGCAUGACCCAGGAACUGCACGAGGCGAGCGCUAUACGACCGUCAAAACAGUGGGAGCAAGCUUCACAGCGUCUUGUCGCAGAGUUCAGCCGCCGUUGCCCAACGAUAAGAACCGUUUUUCUAGCAUUGAAGAAGCCUGGAUUAAAAACCUUGAAGCGUGAGUCAAUCACAAGACUGUUGAGGCUGUACUACGAAGUCACACCUCAAGUUGCUCUGCAAGAGAAAUUCGACGUUUCGCUGCCGCUAUGUAACGCCCUGGUUGAAGUGGAGAAGCCCACAGGAUCACCAGAGGACACAGCUUUCCGUGUCAUGGAGCUCGAGCACUGGAUUCAGAUGGCACGACACUCGCCCGCAAUGCGUUGGUGGCAGAAGCCCAAGACCCUGCAACACUCGCCAUUUGUCACGCUUCUCAAACUCCUGGUCACUUCGAAGGAGAACGAACUGUACACUGGCGUCAAGUCAUUGCUCAACGCGGUGUUGCAUGACCAGGAGAUGCUACAGACAAAGACCGCGCCUGAUGCUUUGGAUGCGCUUAUUGCCAGUCUCGAGCCGGCCACUGGUUCUGUGCCUUCAGUAGAGGUGCUUGACUUCCUCGAUGACUGUUGUGCGCGGUUCAUCAAAGUACCGAUCAAGUACUUCGACGACCUAGAUGCCAUGUGCGCGAAGGCAUCGCAAGCGCUCGCCGAUAUUGGACCGCUUAGCCCUCUUCUGAUGACCUUGGUCGAGCAGUGGCCGUUCAAGGGCGGUGAGUCUGCAACGGGGCCCGCAGCUGAGGCUCUCGCCCAGUGGCUUUCGAAGCUUCUCUACCUGUUCAACCUCAUUGGCGAGGACGAGUCAGUGUUAGCUUUGGUACGGGACAGUCUAAUUGAGUCAGCCGGCAACGCGUACAAGGAAGUGUUGAAAGACGCUUUCCUGUGGAAGAUGUACAAGGCACGGGCGAAGGAAGCGCUCAAGCUAGCAACCGGUGCAGACUUUAGUGGUUCAGAACGAUCAAGUGCCUCGCCUGUUCCUCAGACAGAGGCUGUAGCCCCAGUCAAGGCUGGGGCAGUGGUGGACCUCGAGCUACCGCCGCAAGAAGAUGAGAAGCAUGCUGGUUUGACGCGAUGGAGGAAGAAGGAGAUUGACGAGGCUAUCGAGGAUGGCGAUGUUGGCGAGUUGCUACUGUGUCUCUGCUCGAAACACCAAGAGAUACGGAUACAAGCCAUCAGUAACGUUCGCCAGCUGAUGGCGACGAUAGGUCCGGACUCCCUCACGCAAGACCUCGGAGCCAUCUACCUCGUCCUCGGCGAAACCCUGGAAUCCGUCGACGCUACCGGCUCUACGCCCUUUCCCUACGUUGGUGGUAUCUUCGCGGCACGCAGCGUGCGCAUUCUCGCUGAUCCAACCCACGUCAUGUUUAGCAAGAUCAACAAGUUCCUGACCACUGCUCCAUCGUGGGACGUUGAUUUUCUGUUACGGAAGUUGUACAGAAGCAUAGUGGGUAGCGAGCCUGAAGAUGACGGUGCGUACCACAAGGAAGUGGAUUGGUUCCUUGAUUACUUGGUGGAUGGACUGCGUACGUCUAGAGACAUGGAGAGCUUCAGGAAGAGCAACAUCUUUGAGCAACUUCUGUCUUUCUAUGCGUCGAGGUCCUGUAGCGGUGCGGCGAAGGAGAAGAUUAUUAGGCUGUUGCUGAGGGCGACGGCGGUUGGGGGGAGUACCACGCUCGUCACGAGGUGUGGAGUUGUCAGCUGGGUGCAGAUGUGUCUUGAUGGACACGACCCAAGGCAUCGUAUGCUGCGGACGCUGGCAUCGCGAGUGCAUGAGACGUGUGAUCAAGGGCGGGUGGCGGAGUGGAGCAACGGAACGAUAGCAGAGGCUGUUGCAUCGCUGAUCAAGGUUGGAGCAUGA